AUGGCGUCUCCGCAGUGGAACGCCUCCCAUACAUCAGGAGAUACAUAAGGAAUGGAGGGGAGGGGGAAGGAAUCAAGAAGCCUGGCAGGGGCGCCUCAUUGAAUUGCUUUGUGAAACCCACGCAGGAGAUGGAAACGUUUCCUAAAUCACGCCUGCCAACCUCUCGGGUGUUGUGGCGGGAUAUUUGUCAGUGGUGAGGGAAAUAAACGUGUGCCGAAGGCCGCUUGCCCUUUCCAAACUUUAAUGUAGGGCAGAUCUCAUCUGCAACAGAAGGGCCCCUGGUUCAUUCUUGGGCCUGAAGCGCUGGAAGGUCACUCUCCGUCAGGGUAGAACUAGGCGGACCAAGGAUCUGGCUGAGUGGAAAGCAGUACACUAUGUUUCUACACAUCCCCAGCGAGGUUUAGCACUCGCUAAAUUGAUUUUUAAGGCACACUCCUGGUUCAGAUUAAGCCCUGAAUCUACCUGCCCUUGCUUUAACCUCUGCCACCCACCCCGGGCAAAAAUAAAAUCCCGAAGAUAAAUGAGGCCAGGGGCUUGGAGUCCCUCGACUGAGAUCAUGUCCUCUUUGGUUUGGGCAGAGUCCUCGAGAAGAAGCAGAAGACCGGCGACACCAUCGAGCUGACGGAAGAUGGGAAACCCUUGGAGCAGCCCGAGAAGAAGGCGCCCCUGUGCGACUGCACCUGCUUCGGGCUCCCGCGGAGAUACAUCAUCGCCAUCAUGAGCGGACUGGGCUUCUGCAUCUCUUUUGGGAUCCGCUGUAACCUGGGAGUAGCCAUCGUGGACAUGGUCAAUAACAGCACUAUACACCGAGGAGGGAAAGUCAUCAAAGAGGUGAGAGAGAGAGAGACGUUGAGACAGUUCUCCUCUUCCACCUGCACCAUCACGACUCCCAAACGCCCUUCAGGCGUCCAUUUUAAGAACAUGGGCUAG